AAUGCUUACAAAUGUUGCCACUGGGACUGGGGGUAGAGUGACAGUCAAAGUUUAUUUUUUUUAUUUAAUUUCACUGAAUUAUGUCGGAUUUACAUCUAAAUAUGACACAAUGACCGCACCGAGGAGGAGCAGGAGGAAGCAGCAUGGCUCCGCAGGUGAAAGGGGUUCAACCAUGGAGUCAUCCUCCGAUGAAGAGGAGGCGCGCACCUUCAUCCGAGUUCUCAGUGAGAAAUACAACCCUGAGAAUUUCCCCUACGGUCAAGGAGUGGUGGUUAUGCCCAGCCCACCGGGAUCCCCCGUCAAAGAUCGGCUGUUUCUGCCCAGCAUACUUGUCCUGAAUUACUGUGGAAUCACUAAAGCUGGUGAUCGGUCAGACAUCGCAGCUUUCUGCAGUCAUGUGGUGGAGUUGGACCUGUCCCACAAUCAGCUCAGUGACUGGGCAGAGAUCUGCACCAUUGUUUCCAGCAUCCCCCACCUAGACUUCCUUAAUCUGAGCAUGAACCCUCUGAGCAGCAUGAAGCUGGAGCCCAGCAUGGCCGACGUUUUCUCCCGAGUCCGGCAGCUUGUCCUGAACAACACACACGUCAGCUGGGACACAGUGCACACACUCACUCAACACACACCAGAGUUAGAUGAGCUUUUCCUGUGCCUGAAUGACUACAACACAGUGUUAGAAUCCCAGACGUCCUGUCCGUCGCUGCGCCUGCUGCAGAUCACAGACAACCAGCUGCAGCACUGGGCAGAAGUAAGGAAGUUUGGAAGGAUGUAUCCAAGUCUGUGCACGCUUGUUUUAGCCAAUAACAGCGUGGACUCUGUGAAUGAUACCAAGGAAACGCUGCAGCGCCUGUUCCCCAACCUGCGCAGCAUCAACCUCAACAACUCAGGGCUCACCAAAUGGGAGGACAUUGUGCGGCUUAAUUUCUUCCCUAAGCUGGAGGAAGUCAAAGCAAUGGGGAUUCCUUUACUGCAGCCUUACACCACCCAUGAGAGACGCUGCCUCCUUUUAGCACACUUGCCAUCAGUAUCUGUGUUGAACGGAGGUAAGGUGUCCGAUGGGGAAAGAGAGGAUGCUGAGAGGUUUUUCAUCAGGUACUACCAGGACUGUCCAGAACAGGAGCUUCCUGAGAGGUACCACACUCUUGUAUCCAAGUACGGUCACCUGGCCCCACUGGCAGAGGUGGACCUGAGCCCUCGCUGCACUAUGGUGGAUGUUCGCUGGGGGGACCGAGUGGAGGCCGUCAGCCUUCGUCUGGAGCAGACAGUGGGCGACCUGAAGAAACAUCUCAAAACUCUGCUGCAGCUGCCCACCAAUGGGAUCCGGCUCUUCUACAUCAAGCGGGAGAUGUGUUCGGUCUUGGGACCUGAGGAGCUGAAGUGCGGCACACGGGCCCUCCAUUCCUACAGCAUCCGAGAUGGGGAUGAGAUUCUCGUGGUGCCUAAAGUCAAAAGCCGCUGCAGCUCCUCAGAAGUCUAAGACGAGAGACCCUCUGCUUUUGGGUGACAGGAGAACUCUAGAAAACAGACACCUACUGGAUACCAAGUAUUGACUUGAGCCUUUUUUAGAUUUUUUUCAGUCUUGAAUGUAAACAUGUUUGCUGUCAACCAUAUUGAACAUACUUAUACAAUAAUAUAUUUGCACAUGAGAGUUUUACAGUUCAAGUGUGAGUCACAUAUUAGUGUGUUUUAGAUGUUUAAGUUUACAUCUCAUUUAUGAACAUUGUUAUGCAAAUAGUCCCCUUAAGGAAAGAGCUGCCAUAAUCAGCAGUUAGAAAUUGCACAUUGAUUUUAAUCAAAAACACUUUAUAAUUGGAAUGUUUGUCUGAAUUUUAUAGUUGAGAACUCCCCCUUCUCUCCUGACAUGCUGGUGACACUGACCAUGCACAGGACUUUGUGUGUUUGUUUUCUUGUAGUGAAAAGGGUUACAAAAUUGGAUGAAAACUGUCAUUUGGAAAAUUUAAUUUUAGAAAAGCUAAUGUGAAAAGCUUUCACUGUUCUUUUGUGUUUUAGAAAUAGCCUUGGCUUGAAAUAAGAAGCCACUCUUCUACAUUUUUCUCUCUCUUGCUGCCAUACAGAGAUUUCUGUGAAGCCUGUUUACUGAAAUCUAUAAACCAUGCCCUACACCAGCAAAGAACACUCUAACUUUCAUGCAUGGGAGAUACGGUUUUGGUGAAAAUCUUCUUAAAACAAUCUCCUUGAAUGCCAACACAGUGGAGAACAGGGAAACGUCUUUGUGCAGUGAUUGCAGCCAAGCUGGCUUCUUUAAAAUUCCCUCCUGUUGGCACUGCUAAGGCUUUGUUGACUUAGUUAAGUCUACAUUUAACAAUUAUACAUUGCAAGACUUUUGGUUUACAUUUUUACACAACAAGCACAGAGAUGCUUGGGUUUGGAUUUUCUAACCUUUAUUUAAGAAGCUGUGCAGUUGAGAAGUUUUUUUUUCCAGGAACAUGAGUGUGUGCAUAGUAACACAAGUCUUUUCCUGCCUCCUUUCCUCUUGAUAGCUCUCUUUCCACAUGACUCUUCACAGCAGGGAAAUCUCAAGAUAACCUCUGAGCUGAAAAAAAAAAACACAGAUGCAGUGUGUAGGGAAUAACGUAGAGCACAUAGCUGCUGCUCAGUCACAACGCCCUGGCAGAAAGACAAGACCAGUUCUAGGUGAGCUUGGGUCUGGGACAGGGAAAAGGAGAAGUGUUGAUGCUCGAGUUACCCUCGCUCUCUCUCUCUCUCUCUCUGCAGAGGCAGCUGAGAAACCCCGAGGCCCAGUCUGUAUGGUAACCACACACCAGCCGCUGUGUCACGGACACUUCCGCUGCAUUUAGGGUAGAAUAGGUUGGGGCAACAGCCUCUUGCCCCUCACCCAUUCACCUCAAUCUCUCCUUUACAUCCGUCUUACUAACCUGACACUUCUUGUGUCUGCAGUUUCACAGGACCUGGGAUGUGAACAAUGACUCACACUGGCUUUGACUACUUUCAAAUCAAAGAGGAAUCUGACAGAGAGUCUUCAUCUUCUCAUAACCUGAACUCUCUAGAGCCUUUUGAAACUUGGGCAUCUGUAACUCUAGAUCCCGUGCUGGAUUGGCAUACCCCUCUAGCACACAGUGAACACUUUACAGACAAAAUGUGUCAUUGUUAUAGAAGACAGCUUUUUUUCUGAUGAAGAUACAACUUGUGGAAAUGACGGGAUUUUUUUCUUUGAAGCUUCUGGUGAAGCCAGUGGUAAAUCAUAAUGAGAUAAAGGAUUUAUACCAAUACUUUUUAACCUCAUGCCCCUAUCUUUAAAAGAUUGUAAGGAUUGGGCUUUUAGCUUUCCUUGGGUUUCAGUGUGCAGCUUGGAAACGUGCUUGAUCGAAAUACUCAACUCACCGACUGCCAAACACUUUUCAAACUCCUGCAAAAUACUAGAAGAAAUUGCUGCAAGGAGUUUGUUUCUUAGCCAUCUCUGAACUCACUGGCUAUAGAGGGUAUACAAGUGACAUCACAGGCAGUGCAAGUCUUUGCCACCCAGCUGCUAAAUGGUAGAAAAUCUAUACUGAUGACAGAAAUCAGUAGGCUUUAAAGGUCACAUAUUUUAUCCUUUUAAGAAAAGUUUAUAUUGGUCUCAGAGGUCCCAAAACAUGCCUGUGGAUUUGUAGCUGGAAAAAACACUCUAGUAUUGGAUUUUUGCAUGUCUACCUAGAACCUUCUGAUUGAGCCCUUCUCAGAGCUGUCUGUUUCCAUCCCUCUCAGGAAAUGGAUGUGGCUCUUCUGAUCCUCCUCUCAGCUAAUAAGCGACCUUAAAGCAAAAACAACUUAAGCUGAAAAGUGCUGUCUGUCAAUAACCUUAUCUUGAUGAUGUUCACUGCAGUCAAUACAGAUCCUCAGUUUAUGGAGUAUGUUUAUAGAAAUGUUUUGAUCCAUUAUGGGAUGCUAAUAAAUCCACAACAUAAAGCUGGGUUAUUACAGUAGAUAAACAAGCAUUUAGUAAUGAGUAUAAGCUAAACCCCACUACAUUCUCCUUCCUCUUACCUUGAAGAAACAUUAAGACCUCAAAUAUUUGCAAAUCAACCAUAUAGUAAAAUCAUACCUAAGGUGCAAAGGCAUCUAAUGACAAGGGCUUUCCAAUGAACUUGGCUGGUUUAAUCAUGAUUUGUCAGCUAUUUGGUUAAAUGCAAAGUCAUUUCUGGGUACACUUCAUGAAGUGAACCUAUCUGAUGCUAUAGCAGUUCAUACUAUAUAAUAUGAAAGUUUGGAGCUGCACCAUGUGAAUUUGUCACAUUGGUUUAACCGGUGCUGGCAUCCGACCACAUCAAAUAAGACAGCCGGGGUACAUUGAUCUUGUUUUGAAAGACACUGCAUUUUUUGCAAAAAGAUCUACCUUCCAACCCUCACCUAUAAUCGUGAACUCUGGGUAAUGACCAAAAGAGCAAGAUCGUGGCUACAAGUGGCCGAAAUUAGUUUUCUCUGUGGCUGGGUUCAGCCUUAGAGAUAGGGUGAGGAGUUCAGACAUCCAGAGAGAACUAGGAGUACAGCCACUGCUCUUUCACAUCGAAAGGUCCCAGCUGAGGUGCUUCAGACAUACGGACAAGUAUCAAAAUCUAGUAUUGGUACCAACACAUCCGGACUGAAUUACAACAUAGAUAUUGGCACUUCAUUUCAAUACCCUGCUACCGCAAAGAGAAGGCAAGAUGUGUCAUGGAAUUCUUGUUAAAUUAUGUGUUAAGUCACAAUGGUUUCCUUUUCUUAUCCCAUAUACGACCGGCAUCUUAAAAAGCUAUUUCUGCAUAUUCAUUCAAGAUACCCAGACAGUUUUUACUCUCUCGCUGACUUUCAGCACUUUUUUCUCUUAAAACUAUUGAUUCAGGCACCACCAAGGCACCAGCACCGUAGUAUCAAUUUAGCACCAGUAUCAGAAAAAAAACAAACGAUACCCAACCCUAUUUGGGCAUCUGAUGAGGAUGCCUCAUGAGAGCCUCUCUUUGGAGAUCUUCCAGGCAUGUCCAGCUGGGAAACCUCAGGGAAGACCCAGAAUGCACUCAAGCGAUUAUCCUGUCUGGUCUGGGACUGCCUCAGAUUUCCCAAAAGGAGUUUGAAAGCGUUACCGGGGAGAGGGAUGUCUGGGUUGACUUGCUCAGCCUGGUACCAUCAAAACCUGGCCCUGGAAAGCACAAAAAGAUGAGAUGUAUGGAUUUAACAACCACAGAGCGAUCUUUUUACGGAUCAGUUAGUAAAGUAAAGUAACUGAAUCACAGAAAUAUGGAAAAACAACUGAUCUAUAGCUUUGUAUAAACAAAACUUAACAAUGAUUCAGUUUCACAUCCAUCACUGAUGGACAGGGCUGAGGUGUGCCUUCAGUCUGCUUUGUGAACUUAAAAUCAGGUCCAUAUAGUGUCAGGUAGCUUAAUUUCUGACCACAUACCAAUGUCAACGGUCCACCAUGACUUAAGUAAAUGGAGCAGAUCUCUGUCAAAUCCAAAUAUCAACAAUUGAAGCAGAAAUAAGUGUUUCUCCUUUAUUCUUCUGUUUCCCUUAGAGAUGACAGCAGUGUUUCUGAAUGUUUUGCCACUCAACCUAGCUAAGCAGUCAUGUUGCAUGCUAAAGUGAUGUCAGUGCAUACCUUUUAUUGUCUGCUGAAGGUGACGCAUGUGGAAACAACAGGCAAGCUUCUAGUAAAGCUAGUGUUCAUUCAGUAUUGUCUACUGACAGAUUAUCUGCAUCUAAAUUAAAUGUCUGUUUCAGGAGAAAUUUAAGAAGCUCAGUCAAUGACUAUUGUCCACUGAUGUGUUUCAUGAAGAUAAAAAAGCCUGAAGUAUCCCACUUCUUCUGAUAUACAUGACAGAUUUCUUGCAUACAUGCAUCCUCUGAUGGAAACCAGACUGGUUCCAACAUAAAUGGAUGUGUAACAUUUGUAGGUUUUGAGAAACCUUUAAUAGACACAACUGACAAACUCCAUGCAAGCUGCUACCUUAGAACCUGGGAUCUACUUGCUGUGCAGCUGCAUUCAUUGAAACUAUCAAAAACCUGCUGAUUGCAACUUCAGUUAGUACCUAUUAGGUUGCUGAACUGUGGCCCUCAAUAUAAGUUAAGUUAAACUGGUUGAUGUGUAUUGCUCAAGCUACAUUUAUAAUCCUAAACCCUCAGAAUCUUUAGAUUUGUUCAUCAGCAUGUUGUAGAUAUUGACAUCUGUCACCUUUUAAGUUUGUGAAGCUUCCCAGACAGAAGCACUUAGCUUUCCUCGUUUAGUGGAAAGUCAGACAGGUGGGAUGUGUGUGAGACUGAAUUAUUUUAUCAUCGAUAUCCCCCUGCUUUUGCUAGUGCGUGCUGGGAUAUGUUCCAGCCUGCAUGACCCUGAAGAUCUGAUAUGUUCUGUCAUGUGUAAUGAAUGUAAAAAGUGUAAAUUCAGCCCCUUUGUAGUGCAUUUCACGAAGAAAAGAAAAUAAGGAAGGUCUUGCACAAGACUUUUAUAGUAUUGAGUGCCAUGAAAACAGAGGUGUCAAUCUUUUGAGGUGUGCUUGGUGAUGUGGUGAAGCCUGGUGUUGCUGAAACUGUGUGAAAAUAUUUGAAGAUGCUGUUGUCUUGUGACCACCUCCAUUUCUCCUCUGACACAAUUUUACCCUGUGUAUUAGAUAACUGGAGAUCUUUUUGUUGGGUAGGUUGCUGUCUGGACUGACUUUUUGAGCUAUAUUAUAACUGAGUUGCUGACAUGGGAAGUUUUGGGAUCAGUGUGAAGAAUUAUGUUUUUGAAGUGUAUCAUGGUAAGAUGGUGAUUUGCAUGUUAUGCUCUUUUUUGGUAUGUUAAAUGUAAAAUGUGUAACAGAUGUGUCAUUUCAGGGAAACAAUGUUGUUUGUGGGCAUUUGUAAUUUUGACCUUUUAAAGAUAUUAUCUAUGCUUCUGUCACCCUCACCUUUCUCCUUCUUUAAUACCAAAAACAAAGAUUAUAUUCAGAUUUUAAAAAAUCUCAGAGUUUCUAAUCUGUUUGCCUUGUGCUGUUUAGAGUAUGCUUCUUAAUUUAUAUCAUGUUUACUUUCUGUAGUUUCUUUAAUGUAUCUUGAUAUUUUAUUGUAAAACUUUCUUUCUUGAGCUCAUAUUGCCAUUUCUUCAACUGUCAAGUAUAAUGGUGCUUUUACUUCUCUUAAAUAAUAAAUUAUAAAUAAUUCAGCUCAUUCUUGUGUGAAAUUGCAAUAAAUAUUGGGAAGUUUCAGAGAUGGUACAGAUUUUGAGUCUGCAAGGCACCACAUAACUAUUGUAAUAUACCUAUAACUUCUGGUACUGUUUUCUUCUGGCUGCUGCAUCA